CGGCUCUGCGUCAGUAAAAGCCAGGUAGCCAGAGAGAGUAGGUACCACUCUACAGUACUCAUCUGAUUGCUCGACACUCCUCAAGUAUUCAGCUGUUACUUUUUUACCUGGACCGAUUGGAGAAGAAACUAAAGCGUCUUAAUUCGUCUAUGUCGUUACUGAAUACCUGGGAAAUCAAAAAUACGAACACAAUAUUGGCUCAACAAAAUUAGCGUUUGAAGAUGGCCUUAGACUUCGUUGCAGGAUGUCUUGGGGGAUGCGCUGGAGUAGCAGUGGGUCACCCCUUCGACACAAUCAAGGUCAGAAUGCAAACACAAGACUUCCGAAACCCAAAGUACCGAGAUCCGCGGACUGUUCAAAGGCAUGUCUUCCCCGAUGGCCGGAGUGGCGGUUGUCAACGCUAUCAUCUUCGGUGUCCAGGGCAACGUCUCGAGACACAUGAAAGACCCUGAUGCCUUGAGAUCACACGUAAUAGCAGGUUCAUCAGCUGGGUUAGUGCAGGCUUUCGUCACGUCGCCCAUGGAGCUGUUGAAAACCAGACUACAGUUGCAGGAAUCUUCCGCCCUUACAAGUCCCAUUGAAUGCGCGAGAAGAAUUUUCCAGACAGAAGGACUCAAGGGGCUUUUCCGAGGACAGCUGAUCACCGUAAUGAGAGAUGUUCCAGCCUUCGGAACGUAUUUCCUGACGUACGAGUUCUUGUCCCGACUGUACGUGGGUGACGACGGGCUUCCCUCGGCCCCCGCAGUGCUCAUGGCAGGCGGCAUGGCUGGAGUAGCCUCGUGGAUGAUCACGUACCCCAUAGACGUCGUCAAAACUAGGCUGCAGUGUGAUGGUAUAGGUGGCAUCAAUAAAUACAAAGGCAUCUUAGACUGUGUGAAGGUGGGCAUCGCAGAGGAGGGCUUGGGUUCCCUCACCCGCGGCCUCGCCCCGACCCUGCUGCGCGCCUUCCCCGUCAACGCUGCCACCUUCGCCGUCGUCACCUGGACCAUCCGCCUGUUCCAAUAUAGGCCUAUACAUUCUUUUUUUUAGGUAUGAAUUAUUUAUCAUAUAUCAAAACUGUUACCGCGUUCAUUGUUAUAUUUGCUGUGUAUAGUUAUCAACAUUUUAUUUCACUGUGAUUCAUAUUCCUGCUUCCCUUUCAUAAAAGUUAAAAGUUAUGUGGACUGUUUUCAUCUGCGCUUCUUUCAAACUGUGAUGACUUUAUGUAUCACUGGACCACCGCAUACUUCUGAAAAAUAACUCGUUUUCUGUUUUGACUAGUCUUGUUUUUCCUCCUUUAGUGUCUUCCCCCUAUUUCAUCCGGGUAUAUCAUACUGCCCUCCAUUUUAUACCAAUUUUCUUGUCUGUGGCUGUGAGUUAUAUAGCCGAGACCAUGUGGUUCUCUGAAUAAUGAGUUUUACCUGUGGUCAAGAGGCGUUAAGUGUGGAUCGACAAUCACAGAUUUUAACGCUCUAAAAGUAUACUCAUUUUUAUUAUCGAGGAGAAGAUGCAUUUUGAAAACGUCCGAUAUAAUGAUUAUUUGAUAAUCGACUAAUUACUGCUGGUGACUAAUCAAAAUAGAACAAUGUACUCGGUCGUCUCACAUCCAGUCAGUCACAAUCAGCUCAUAAAGUACAUCUUCCACUUGAUGAAAAAAAUAGUACAGUGUCCCCCUGCGUGAUGUGAUUGUCACAACUUAUUUUCUUCUCAUCCUUUUAGUACUGUGUUUGCCCUUUCAGCGUCCGUUCAAUGUUGUAAAUUGAAUGUAAUCCGUGUGUAUUUGUGAUUAUAAUUAUUUGACCCAUUGUAUCAUCCAUUUGCUCAAUUCGAAGGUAGUAAGUGUUUAUUAUGAUGCAUUCCGUCAUUUUGGCAUUCGCUAUGACUCUCUCACCCUCAUUUUAUCCUAGAUUUGUAUUUUAAAAUCUUAAAAGAAAAAUAAAUUAAUUGAUUCAAAUCCA